AUGGGUUGUAACUACUACGGCAACUCCUGUGGCUACGGCUGUGGCUAUGGCUGUGGCUAUGGCCCCUAUUAUGGCUAUGGCUCUGGCUGUGGCUAUGGCUGUGGCUACGGUUCUCGCUGUGGCUAUGGCUGUGGAUACGGCUCUCGCUAUGGCUGUGGCCUGGGCUGUGGCUAUGGCUCUGGCUGUGGCUAUGGCUGUGGAUACGGCUCUCACUAUGGCUGUGGCCUGGGCUGUGGCUAUGGCUGUGGCUACGGCUCUGGCUGUGGCUACGGAUGCUGUGGCUACCAGCCCUAUUGCUACAGAAGAUGUUAUUCUUCCUGCUGCUAG